CACACUAUUAGCUAUAAAAGCAGCUUCAACCUUCUCAUCUGUUGAUUUGAACAGUCGUUGUCAUCUGGCAGAGAACAAAUUACUUUUCUGUACUUCACUUCACAUUGUUACUCCUGAGCUCCUGAAAAAUAACAGAAAGAAAACUCACUCAGAAAAAGACAACAUUGUUUUCAGAUCUACAAGUUCAUCUGAGGGAUCUGUCUUAAUCAAGAUGCUGCUGAUCAUUGAAGCUCUUCUUCUCAUUUCAGCUGCUCUAGGAAAAGAUCACAGAGCUGCUGUUAAAGGGAAGAUAUUUCCUCUGGAUAUGGCACUGGAUUCAGUUGAUGACCUUUAUUAUGGCUGUAAAGAGAAAAUGGCAAAGCAGGUGGACAAAGAAUAUCUGAAGAAGGAACUCAGAAAUUCAGUUGAUUUUGAAAAGGUUUGGGAAAUUGGUAAAAACAAAGUCUCCAAAAAAAACUUUUUAGACAAAUUAAAAACAAAACAUAAAAUUGCUAUCUAUGCGUACACUUACAUCCAGACUGACCCAAAUUUAAAUAUAUCUGAUAAGUUCAAUAAUGACACCCGUGAUGGCAAACAAAACUACACAGUCAUGAAAUACGAAUGGUAUUCACUUCACUUUCUAUUAACAGAAGCACUGCAUAUUCUGAAGAAAACACAAAAUAGAUGCUUUGAUACUUUUCGCGGUACAAAGCUUACAUUUGAGAAUGAUGUUCUGAACAAAGAGGUUCGUUUUGGCUCAUUUACAUCCUCCACUCUUGAUCGUAGUAUAGCAGAAAGUUUUGGAACUGUAUCUUGUUUUGAAAUCCACACUUGUGAAGGAGCUAAUAUUACAAAAUAUUCUAUGCUUCGUCAUGAGAAAGAGGUGUUGAUUCCUCCGUAUGAGAAGUUCAUUGUUACUGAUAUCAGGACAGGAACAUAUCAGAAACAUCGCGGGUGUAAGACUGUGAUUGUGUUGAACAGCACUGGAAUACGAAGUGACCUGAACUGUGCUCUUUUCAACCAACCAAAACCAUAGCAAAAUACUGAGGUGUGUGCAAAACAAAAGGCCUUGAAUUUACAUUAUAUAUUCAUGUACAUUAGUUCAUGAAAAAAAUAAAAAAUAAAAUCUGACACUGUUUACUUUGAAAGAUUUUGGAAAAGUAAGUUCUGCAUCCAACAAUGGAAAACAAGCCACUUUUUUGAAUGUUGCAAUCAUUGAAUUUGACUGAUUGUAUUAAAAAUAGAGUGCUUAAGGUCCAUGUAACGCUUCACAAUUCAAUUUUCAGACCAUAUGGAUCAAAUGAAAAAAUUUAAAAUGAAACCAAACAUUAUUUUUUUUUUCCAGUUACUUCAAAAAUAAAUUAUUCCCAUUUUUUCUAUUUUACUUUUGCUAAAUUGUGACAUCAGAAAUCAUUCGAGACGUCAUUCGAGUAAAUAAAAUGUACAAAUUUUCUAUUUUUCCAU